CUGCAUUGAAAUUGAAAAUAUUACAUGCAUCUGACAUUGCUGACAUUGACAAAUGAAAUGACACUUCUCUCCAAGUGUUUUUGUUUUGCUUUAAUAGAAAUAAUUUUCUAGUUAUCUAUUCAAUUAACAUCAAAUUACUUUUGUGAAGUGGCACGAAAAACAGUGAACAAAAAUAGUGUGGUCAUUUAUUGUCCGUAUUUUACAACAUAAUGACUGGGACCCCUUACAUUUUAUAUGUACCAGACAUUGCCCUCGAAAAGAUUUUUUCCUUUUUGAGUUAUGAUGAGAUUGCUAAGAAUAGAAUCGUGUGUAAAAAGUUUAAUGAUGUUGGCAGUAAGUUCCUGACAAGAGGUUUCUUUCAGCUGGAGAAACGACAUGCUGCCAUUUACAAAAAAGUAAAAUCUCAAUUGCCUCGUAGAGAGUCUGAAAGAAGAGCGCAUCCUCUCUCGAGACACAGCGAUAUUUUGCAAGCUGUUGAAACAAGAAUCAGUAUGCUGAACAUGACUUACCAUAAAUUCAUCGGUAACAAUUUAUUGUGUUUUAUUCCAGGAAAGGUUCUUGACGAAAUGAAAACUGUCUUAGAUUUAGUGGAAAGUGACCAAACCCCGCCCAGAACACACCAGUUAUUACAAGAAUUGCGGGAUCUUAGUAGUAUGGCAAUGGAGCAUUUCGAUGAACAUAUACUGCCUAGAGUUAAAGAACAAGUUGAUCGAAAAACAGCGUUAUCUUAUGGUUGCCCACCUUCAAGUUCGAAGACACCAAGACUUAUAUAUGCGCACAAUUCACUGUCCAACGAGAUACACAAAGUUAAAAAACAAAGUAAAACCCAUAAGUAUCAUAUUUCAUUUUUAACAUUGAGUACUCAGAAAUUAUUCCAAAAGUUGAGAAAACAAAACAUACGUAUAAAGGCACAAUCCCUAAAAAUAAGAGAACAGGAGAAGAAAAUCCAGGAGCAACAGACGAAGAUUCAAGAACAAGAAGCUACCUUGGCUGACUUUAAGAAGCACAUAGACGAAUGGAAUCAAAAAUACAAAGACCUGACCACGGAAUUCGUCCGCGCGAUAGAAACCUUCGUACCUACCUCGCCUCCGAGGUCCACACCGGCUGCACCUCCGUCUCCGUCACCACCGCGUUUGCAUAAGACCAAUAUCAAACCGCGCAAGACCCAUAUUCUACCCAAGAGUUACUCAGGGUUAAAUUUUGACGUAGAACGAAAAAGAAAAUCUAAUUUGUCUCACGAUCUUCCUUUGAAGCGCAAUAAAGCUGAGGAUGAAGGUGGUGAGAGUGGUAACUUAAGGAUAGAGCUGCCCAGUUUUAGCGGCGAUAGUGAAAAAGCUGAUAGGGUAGCAUCAGAGAAGGGAUCUUCUAAAGUAGUUUAUGGUUGUUCGAAGUCGGUGUUCAGUAAUACGGAUUUUGGACAAAUUAUAGAGAACUGGGUUAUAAAUCCGUUAACGAAUAUAAAAACUAGGAAGAGAAAAAUGCACGAAGAUAUAGAUUUAAAGUAAAUUGUAGAUGUAAGUAUGUAUUCGCCUGUGAAUCGGUGGUAUUAAAUCGUUUCGUAGA